GACCUUUUCAUCCCCAAAUCGAAACGGGCAUGGUCAUGGGCAUGGGAAGUUUCUGGAUUCGCGGGAACCCAUCCUUACGAUCCGAUUGCCAUCAAAUCCCAAAAUCUUAGCAGGGAAGAAACAGAAAAUUACUGGAUUGACUUUUGGGGUAAACAUCGCCAUCAAAACUCAAAACCCUCAAUUAUUGUGAAAAACUGUAAAUACAUCUCACUUUCAUGUAAGGAACUUUUCAAACCCUAAUUCACUUCAAAUAACCAUCAAAAUUUGUUCAAAUCCCCUUUAUCGUUUUCAAGAACUUCCAAGAAGCAUCCACGAAACUUAACUCGUUGGAUUUUGUAACAAGAAGGCUUGAUCCUAGUUGAUUCGAGUUAGCCAUGCUGCAUUUCAAAGAUCCUUCAAAGCUCAGAACCAAAAAGAUUGUUUUUGAAGAUGUAUACUGUGCUCAAGAUUCAGGCACUCUUGAACAACUGAAAGAGUUAAGCUCCAAGCGUGUGAAUGUUGAAUCCAUCAAUGAAAACAACUCCAUUACAAAUGCCAUUGCCAGGGAAAUGUCAGGGGGAUUAACUUCUCAGUAUGAACAGGACAUUCAAAAGCUAGAACUUUAUGUGCCAUUAUUGGAGAACUUGAUUCAACAUGUUAAAGUAAUUGGUGAUCAUACAAAAGUGAUUCGUUGGACAUCAGAUCUUAAGAUAAGGUGGACAAGUCCUCUUAGUUCUUCAUCUUUCUUCAACCUCAUGGGUCCAAGAUUCUUUCAGAUUGAUAAGCUGCAGUUUGAGCUUGGAAUGGUUUUGUUCUUUUAUGGUGCAAUGCUUCGUGAAUGGGCUUCCCAUGUUUUAAAAACAGAUUUAGUGCAAUCCACAACCCUGUUCAGAAAAGCUGCAGGGGUUUAUCAUUAUUUGGCUCAUGAAAUUCUUCCAUCUUUACAACCAGCACUUACACCCGAAGCACCACCAGAAGCUUCUUCAUCUGUUUCUUCAAUUAUGAGCUUCAUCUGCUUAGCAGAGGCUCAGAUAGUAACUAUAAUGAAGGCUGAGGAGAAACAAAUAGCUGUUGGACUUUUGGCAAAGCUACACUUUGGUGUAGUACAGUUGUUUGAUGAAGCCAAAAACUGUUUCUUGAAAUCAGUCAAAGAAUGCAAAGAUUUGUCACCAAGUUUGAUGGAGUACAUAACAUGUAGUAAAGUGGUGCAUGAGUUGAGAAGUUACAAAUACAUGGCAGAGAGUCUGAAAGGGGAAGGGGAAAUAGGGAGUGCAAUUGGGGUGCUUAAAAGGGUGUUGGAAUGGAAUAGCAAUGUUGAUGGAGGAAUGGAAUCGUGGAAGGUGGUUAUAAAGGAAGAGAUUGAGUGUGUGAGGGAAUUGGUGAGAAAAUAUACACAUGAGAAUGAGUUUGUGUGGCAUGAAAAAAUUCCUUAUGAGGAUGAUUUGCCAUUGGUGCAUGGGAGAAAGAUUGCAACUUGCAUAGAUUAUCAUCCUCAAAGAUGGGAAAGAAAUCUUGCACUCAAGAUUUAA